UUCUUACGAGUGGGAAGCUUCUCAAUUGCCAUUCAACAUUUUAAAGCACAAGCCGCUCUGCUGUGAAAGCGCCUGAUCCACACUUCUCUGAAAGACACAGGAGGGAAUACACAAUUGCUGAUUUCACCCACUGUGGCGGUGCAGAUCACAGGAAACAACUGACCGAUACAAUUUUAUUUGCAAAUAGAACUCUGUAUUAUUAUUUUUUUUUUUUUAAUCGCGCCGCGGCUCUUUUCCCCUCCCCUUUGCCAUUCCGCUUUAUAUGGAUGUAAUUCAGAAUCUGUGUUAAUUCACAUGGGGGAUCCAGUUACAUCUUGUUCCGCUCCGGGUAUAAUUACGAGAGACCAAUAACCGCCUUUGGACACAUAGUUUUGUUGCUAACCUUUGAACUGAAAGGAUCAAGUUCAGAUCUGGUUACCUGCAUUGGGACGGGAAGGAAGAGGAGAGAGAGAGAGAGAGAGAGAGAGACUGCAAUCUCAUUUGUGAAUCGCUUUCAGUGCUGCAGAUCCAGAUUGCUAUAACACAUGCAGUGCAAAUGCAGAACUGCCCAUUGCUAAGAGGAUUUGGUAUUUUCCCGGACCCAAGCCCUUUGAAUAAAGCGAAUCACAAUUUUUUUUUUUUCCCUGUGUGUGCAGAGAGGGGGAAGAAUAAAGCUAAUGCCUUGGUCGUAAACGGCUGAGCGAGAGGGAGAGAGAGAGAGAGAGAGAGAGAGAGAAAAGAGAGAGUGUGUGAAUUGUAGUUAACUCUAGUGUUGAAGACGACGACCUGGGGGGCUUCGAAACGUACAGUACAGCUCCUGCUUUUAUUGCAAACCUUGCAAAGUGAUUACAGUAAAAUCAGAGAGGAGGAGGAGGAGGAGGGGGAGGAGGAGGAAAAUCCCAUGCUAUCUGCUGAGAUGAAUCUUGAAAAAGCAAAAUACACUGUCCCGUGAACUGUAAGUAUAUCGCAACUGGAAGGCAGGGAGAGCAGCAGAGGAGCCGGCAGCAGGGUUUUGACCACCAGCUGCACCAGUCAUGAGACAAUAAGUUUCCAGAAAUAGAAGGAUUUUAUAAUCGAUCACCUGGACUCUCAGCCGCUCUGUUAGCUUAUCGGGGGAGUUUACUGGGGGGCAGGUGGGAGUGAGAGGAGGGCGGGGGGUUUCGGUACGAGGAAGAUGAGGAAGAUGAGGACCCUCCUUCGCUUUGUGCAUUGCUGCUGCUGCUGCUUCUUGCUCCUCCUGCCUCCGCCGCUCUGGGUCAGCCUGGCAGCGGCUAAGCAGCUCCUGAAGUACCGGUUGGCAGAGGAGGGACCCGCCGACAUCCGCAUCGGCAACGUGGCUUCCGACCUGGGGAUCGUAACGGGCUCCGGAGAGGUGACAUUCAGCCUGGAGUCGGGCUCCGACUAUCUCAAGAUCGAUAACAUGACCGGGGAGCUGAGCACCACAGAGCGGCGCAUCGACCGCGAAAAGCUGCCGCAGUGCCAGAUGAUCUUCGACGAGAACGAGUGCUUCUUGGACUUCGAGGUGUCGGUCAUCGGCCCCUCGCAGAGCUGGGUGGACCUCUUCGAGGGCCGGGUCAUCAUCCUGGACAUCAACGACAACACCCCCACCUUCCCUUCCCCCGUCCUCACGCUCACCGUGGAGGAGAACCGGCCCGUGGGGACCCUCUACCUGCUGCCCACCGCCACCGACCGGGACUUCGGCCGCAACGGCAUCGAGCGCUACGAGCUGCUGCAGGAGCCCGGUGGAUACAGUGCAGACUACGCAGCACCCUGGCCACAUUGA